CGCUCAGGUGACACCGUGCUGCAGAGCCAGAGGGCAGGAGCGAGGAGGGGGAGGACAGGACGACAGGAGGGGAGGGACUGAGCGGCGACAUGGACACCUGACAGUCGAUUCUCAACAUUCCAGAAGGUGAAAUGUGACGGAGCUGAAACCGAGUUCGUACAUCGAGGAUGUCGAAGCUGGACAGAGGAUCUUAGCCGGAGCGCAGCGACCGACACUCUCCGCCAUGGCGUCCCUGGGGAUGCAGAUGCUCGCCAGCGCCCUCUGCCUGCUGGGCUGGGUGGGCGUGCUCAUCUGCUGCAUCCUGCCGAUGUGGCGCGUCACGGCCUUCGUGGGCAGCACCAUCGUCACCUCACAGCGCAUCUGGGAAGGUAUCUGGAUGACCUGCGUGGCCCAGAGCACCGGGCAGAUCCAGUGCAAGCCCUACGAGUCCCUGCUGGCUCUGGGCUCCGACCUGCAGGCCGCCAGGGCUCUGACCGUCCUCGCCAUCGCCACCGGAGGCAUUGGCCUCAUCAUGGCCUUCAUCGGGGGGAAGUGCACUCGCUUCUUGGAGGAAGAAGGGAACGGGGCGAAGAGCAAAGUGGCGGUGGCGGCCGGGGUGGUGCUGAUGGCCACGGGGGUGCUGUGUUUGAUUCCCACCUCCUGGUCGGCCGGCGCUGUGGUGAGGAAGUUCUACAGCGCCUCCAUCGACGCCCAGCGCAGGGAGCUGGGUGCCUGCCUCUACAUCGGCUGGGGCGCCUCCAUCCUGCUCAUCCUGGGAGGCGGCUUGUUCAUCAACUCCGCUUGCCCCAUCAGAGCCCGUGACGCCGACAAGAGCCCGUCGGUGCGCUACCUGGUGGUGCGCUCUUCCAACGGCUCCACUCAGGCGGGCUCGCAUCACAGCAGGACCAGAGCUCCGGUCAGGGCCCGCAGCCAGGAGGGCACCUCUGCCAAGCCUCCGCCAGCGAGGCCUCCCUGGGAGGACCAGCCGGACUCGGAAAACUCCUGGGCCCCGUCCUCCAAAUCGCAGAUGAAGAGGCCGGAGUCGGUGAAAUCGGAGGCCAGCGAGCCGCUCUCCACCAAGUCCCAGCUGCAGCGAGCGGAACUGGAGCGGAGUCAGAGAGAGUCCGUCCCGAGCGACGGCGAGGACCUGUCCUCCAACCCAGCCAGGACCUACAUUUGAGGCGCUGUCACCUGACGCCGGGUUGAUUGUUGCUACAUGAAGUUCGACUGGACUGGACUGAAUCACAGCAAGUCAUGUGACUCUUCUCUCUGCACUGAAGAAUGAUACCUCACAGCUGCUGAACUACUGCUGUUACGCUCUCACUGUGUCUCAGAAAUCAAUGAAUGAAAGGAACUCAAUAUUGGCGUUUCUGUUUUGAAUAAACAAAUGUGACCAAGUGGAGUUUCUUCUACUGCGUGUCGCCUGUGGACUCACGUGAGUCUGCGAGCUCUUUCAAUGAAACACAGGACGAACUGGUUUGACAGAGACUCACCAGGGACACGGGCCGUUCACGGAUGAUUGUUUGCUGAGGGACUCGAGUCUAGUUUCAGUGGCAGCUUGGGUUUUGAAUAUGCAAAGAUGUUUUCUGGAUGUUUUCACGGCUUCGUUCCAGCCAGGAUCCAGCUAGCUGGUAGCAUGUCAGCGCCUCAACACACGGGAGAGCUCAAAAUAAACUGCUCUUAUUAAAAGACAGGAGAGAGCGGCGCCAACAGGAUCAAUAGACUCAGAGGUGGCACAGUGCGGCCCUUUGCCUGUGUUUAUGUGGCCCACACAAGGUCCAAACUAUGACAGAAACUUUCAUCAUU